CGUCAUCACUAGUGGACGACGCGUGUUUUGCUGGCAGUAGCAAAAUCCAUUCAAACUCCAUGUAAACCCACAGAAAUGGCCUCAGAAGACGCAUUUAAAGUGAGCUCCCUGAAGGGGAGAGUGGUCCUGGUCACGGGAGCCAGCUCGGGCAUCGGAGCGGGCACGAGCAUCCUGUUCGCCAAACUGGGAGCUCUGUUGGCUCUGAACGGACGCGACGUGCAGAACCUGCAGAAAGUAUCCAAACAGUGCACCGAGUGUGGAGCUGCAGAGCCUUUGCUCGUUCCUGGAGACCUGACUGACGAGGAGACGGUGAAGAAGAUGGUGGAGCAAACUGUGGCUCACUUCGGCAGACUGGAUGUCCUCAUUAACAGCGCUGGGAUCCUGGCCAUGGGCAGCAUAGAGACCACGGACCUGGCUCAGUAUGACAGGAUCAUGAACAUCAAUGUCAGAUCCGUGUACCACCUGACUCAGCUUUGCGUGCCCCACCUGAUCAAGACCAAAGGCUCCAUUGUCAACGUAUCCAGCGUCAACGGACAGAGAUCAUUCCCUGGUGUGCUGGCCUAUUGCAUGUCCAAGUCGGCCAUCGAUCAGUUCACACGUUGUACAGCACUUGAGCUGGCAUCAAAGCAAGUCCGAGUGAACUCUGUCUGCCCUGGUGUGAUCAUCACAGAGGUCCACAAGAGAGCAGGACUGGAUGAGGACCAGUAUGCCCAGUUCCUCGCAAAGUGUAAGCAGACCCAUGCCCUCGGUCGACCCGGCGAGGUGGAAGAAGUGGCCCAAAGCAUCGCCUUCCUGGCGUCCGAUGCUGCCAGCUUCAUCACCGGAGUCAACCUCCCCGUGGACGGGGGCCGCCAUGCCAUGUGCCCAAGAUGAGAUCCUGUCUGUUAGGAUACAGCAGCCUGAUAAUAUAGUUCCUUAAACCUCCAAGUCUACGGAGCCAUUUGAAAAAAACAUUUGAAACUGAAAGUACAAGUUUCGGUUGUGAACUUUUGAAAAUAACAACAAUG